AAAACAUACAUAUGUUAAUUUCGAUGAGAUAAGGCUCGUUAAGUUUGAAUAAAUCAUAACCUUUUCACUGUUUAAAUAAUUUUCAAAUAAGUAUGACGCUCAAGUUUCUGCUUUUACUAUUUUGUGCUAUUUCAUGUACGACGGCGACUACUGACUGCACAAAGGAAGAAUACAAGAAUUGCUAUGAUGGAGAUACUCCUUCGUGGUUCAUUGAAAAGUUCCCAAAAGAUAAUAAAGAAGAAUUGGAAAAAUUUUGCCUGAAGGCUUUGCCAGACCUUGAUUGUGCUAUUGCUUUUAGUGAGAGAUGCCCCGAUUUUCUCGGAGAGCCCGGCUCUUUUGCGCUAAAGUUGUUCAAGAAAUUAUAUGCUAAAGAGUGCGACAAGUUACAUAAAUCUUAAGGUAGUCAUUAGCGGAGAGUUCCUGAACCAACAUAACUCGAGUGUAAUACACAAAUGUUUAAUUAAAGCAUUUUUUAAAAAAAUGUUUGCGUUAAGUUCUUAAAGACUACAGAAAUGAG